UAGGGAGUCACUGAGAACUCCUGGAAGCUGCAAACAACAGAUGUUCCUUGGUUUCCAGAGACCGAAGGCCGUAAUCCCGAACUGCAAACCCUGGCAGCUCCUGAGAUCAGAGGGAAAGGCCAGGGUUGGCAAGACCCUCGACUUGAAGGUGACGUGCUACCUAAGAAGAACAGGUAGGGAACCUGUCAGGGGUCAGGGAGUAAAAGCAAUAAAGCCGAAGUAACAUGGGGAGUCAGACCCAGGUAGUUUUGGGAAGAGGCUCUGUGAAGGGAGAAGAGGACGGAGAGUGACCCCGAGCUGCCUGCCAACCCCUCCCAUGCCCAGGGCACUGUGAGGCCUACCGAAACCUCUGAGGCAUGGCAAGUGCAGAAGAGGAGCCAAGGAACUGUGUGGUAUGUGGGGACCGAGCCACCGGUUAUCACUUCCAUGCCCUGACCUGUGAGGGCUGCAAGGGUUUCUUCAGACGAACAGCCAGCAAAAGCAUUGUCCGCACCUGCUCCUUUGCUGGAAGCUGUGAGGUCAGCAAGGCCCAGAGGCGCCACUGCCCAGCCUGCAGGCUGCAGAAGUGCCUCAGUGCUGGCAUGAAGAAGGACAUGAUCCUGUCAGCAGAAGCCCUGGCCUUGCGGAGAGCAAAGCAGGCCCAGCAGCGGGCAGAGCGGGCGCCUCCGCAGCUGAGCGAGGAACAGAAGGAGCUGGUCCAGAUACUUCUGGAGGCCCACACUCGGCACGUGGGCACCAUGUUUGACCAGUUUGUGCAGUUCAGACCUCCGGCUCAUUUGUUCAUCCAUUACCAGCCCAUGUCCACGCUGGCCCCCGGGCUGCCUCUGCUCAAGCACUUUGCGGACAUCAGCACGUUCAUGGUACAGCAAGUCAUCAAGUUCACCAAGGACCUCCCCAUCUUCCGAUCCCUGCCCGUGGAGGACCAGAUCUCCCUCCUCAAGGGAGCGGCUCUGGAAAUCUGCCACAUCGCACUCAAUACCACGUUCUGUCUCCAAACACAUAACUUCCUCUGCGGACCUCUUCGCUAUACAAUAGACGAUGGCGCCCAUGUGGGCUUCCAGGGAGAGUUUCUAGACCUGCUCUUGCGCUUUCACGAGAACCUGCGGAGACUGGAGCUCCAGGAGCCGGCCUAUGUGCUCCUGGCUGCUGUGGCCCUCUUCUCCCCUGACCGGCUUGGGCUUACUCACAGAGAAGAGAUCGACCAGCUGCAAGAGGUGCUGGCCCUGACUCUGCAAAACUACAUCCAGGGCCAGCAGCCACGGCCACGGGACCGGUUUCUGUAUGCGAAGUUGCUGGGCCUACUGACUGAACUCCGGAGCAUUAACAACGCAUAUGGGUACCAAAUUCAGCACAUCCGGGGGCUGUCCGCCAUGAUGCCACUGCUGCAGGAGAUUUACAGCUGAACCCCGGGCUCACGUCCUUCCCAGCCCUCUUGGGAUCCACUUCACUGGGAAUGGGGGAAGUAAUGGGGCCAGGAGUUGGGACCAACCAAAGGGACCCAGUGGGUGCAAUGAAAGACUUAAGCAAUAA